AUGGCACAGGAUGCCUCCAGAGUAUCAAGGCAUGAACUCGAGGCCAGGCUAAAACAACUACGCGAUGUUCCCGUCAACACGGCAGGAUCUCAGGACAGGGACAUGAUUCCACUGCAUGAACAUCUAAUGGGCGUAAAGCCUGACUCGGAUGGAUUGACGCAUUGGUUCUGUCCUCGUGCCGAGCUCUUGACUCAGGAGCUCGCAACUUUCUUGCUUCGUUUGCACGCGUAUACCAACGAUAAGGUAGACAAAUGGCGAAAGCAGAUAAUAGGCGUUUGGAGAGGCUGCGCGGACUGUAUCAGAUGCAUGGAUGAGGUAAAGGGCUCGUCGAGGACAACUUACUUUGGUGCAUUCUCGGAUACAAUCCUCUCAGGUUUCUGGCACAGUUUCGAGGAAUUUGAAGUGAAGACCAUCGUCGAGGCUUUGACUGAGGCUGGUAUUACUCCAGAGUCCGACAAGUCACUUGCAGACAUCUCCUCACCAGUAUUAUACCAUAUUCUUUCGAAACCCUCUGCGCUUGGUCAUCCUUUCAUACUGGGCGUGAUAUCCUCUCAGCCGUUUCUUCCGCGUUCGAUAGAUUGGCCGAUAGACCCACCUCCGCCGGCGUACUUUCUGCUUAUCGUCUAUAAUGAUGUAGACAUCCGCAACUGGGCAUUAGAUCAUGUGUCUAAGGCAGAACCGAUUGCCAAGGAGUAUUUCGACUACCGACACUAUCGACACGAACUCGCAUUACGACUUUUAUCCAAACGAUUGAAUACAGACACCGGUCUAAAUGACUCAAUCGCCACUCAAACUCUUACUCAGACAGCACGGAACAUCGAGAAGGAAUUUCCAUUCGCACAAUCACCGAGUCUUAUUUGGGCAGGCUUUGCUUCCGUCUUGCGUCUCCUUCCGAUGGAAGUGUAUGAAAAAUUUGCGUUGCAUAGAAUAAUCAUGGGUCAUUUGCAUGACAACGGACCACAUUUUCGAGAAGUUCUUCGAUGUCUGCUUCAGACACUGAAGAAACUAGGCAAUAAAAUCUGGUCCGAAGAAAGUGCCGACUAUCCUCAGGUCGUGUUUGAUUCCAUAAAGGACAAUCCAAGCUAUAUAGACUUGAUCUUCGCUCAUAAUCAACAGAAGGAACAGGCCUGGUUCUUGAUGAUUUUUCUUGAAUAUCUCAGGAGUGUUUGGGAAAUGCAAAUCUUUGAAGACAUUGUAGCAAGAUUUGCAGCAUUCACAUGUGACGAGUUACAGCACGAACGUUUCGGUCAGCAACGUCCGCUCGUGAUGAGCAUUGCUAUGCAGAUUCUGUCCAGUGCAUUACAAAGAGCUAAUAAGCUCAAAUCUCCGUCACAUCGACAAUCCAUUCUCAAUGUUCUCGACAUUCAUUUUGACUUGAUUGUGGCCGUCUGUUUCUCGCAGCAAUAUGCGAAGUCGGAGUGGGCACCUGCACGUUCUGCAGCACUUAGUUUAGUCCGGAACGUUCUCUUCUCUGACGUUGAACAGGUAGCAAUUGCUGCUGUCAAGCUUUCUGCCAUGGAGGCUUCCGUCGAUAGCGAAACUAUUCGGAAACUUGCACCCUCUGUGCGCAAGCAGGUAUGGUGGAAGGUCUACACGAACUUAUCUGGCAAGGAUGUGGAGGGUAUCUCAAUGCUUCUCGAUCUUGCUGCAAGAUCCGCAAGGUUAGAUAAACUUUCUAAGAAAGUCGCUUCUCGAACGAUUUGGAAAUAUUAUGAUGCGAACCAGACGAAACCACCUCGGGAUCUUCUGGAAGCAGUAGAUGCUGCAGUUGAUUCUGUCAACUCAUCGUUGACAAUCGUACGGAAUGGAUUCCUUGACGCCGUGACUAAGUUUGCGAACUUAAAUUCGUCGCCCACUUUGAUGAAAGCGAUAUGUCAGCACGAUUGGGCCAGUCACCUCGUUAUUCUUUUGCUUUCGCCAGUCGAGGAUCUGCAAGUCGCAGCACAGACCUUGAUCGGUCAAACUUACGACGUCGACGUACGGACAGACUGUUUCCGCGAAAUCCUAAAGGCGUUCCCGGAGUCAUCUUUCAAGGGUCUUUACGAAUACCUUUCCGAGUUCAACACCUACGCAUUGAAGGUAGCCGAAGCAUGCAGUGUUUCGAAAGCACUCGUGCGAUGUAUGACGGACGUUAUCGAAGUCUUGGGCAAUUCACCUGACGGUCUCCUGAAGAACCCAGCUUACGUUAAGACCGCAUCGGAAAGUUUCUCAUUCAAGACUGAGCUGCCAAAGUUGUGGAAGGCCAUGACCACUUCAAUUGCCGUCAUCUUCAAGCGCACACCUAAAUGGGCUGUCUACUUCGACAACAAUGUGAUGACGGAGUGGAUGCGCGAUGCGUUGAUUUUUGCUAGGGAUUUACUCGAACGACGGAGGACGUUUGAAGCGGCUACGUCUGAAGUGCAGGAUGACGACGAUAUCAUCUCCUCGCCCCGGAAACCGUCAGGAAUUGGCAAGAAAAUGGUAGAAGACUUGCAGGACGUUCUAAUGGAGCUGCAAGGCUGGCUACGGUUGACGGAUACAGAGCUUCUGUACCAGUCCUUCGCUCUCUUAAAGUCACUCUUCCAGUGCUUUCGUGCAGCGAACGUCAAGCCCUCCGACGAGGUCCUCGCAAAGUUGUCUAAGUUCAUUGAGCAAAACAAGACUUCUUCAGACGCCAAGCGUGUUUCGUUUCUGAACAAGGCAGACUUAGCGGAACUUGAAGUGGCUGUCGCCGAUUUCACGGAGGAGGAUGAAGUUGAACUUGUAUCUGUCAAGUUAGGAAAAAGACGAGCUUUCGGCAGGGAAUCAUCAACCUCGACAACCUCAGGUGAUGCACGAGCGGAGCGUAAGAGGGCAAAGAUAGAACUGAAGAUUCAGGAUAUUUCCAAGCGACCGCUUAAAGGUACCAAGCAGACGAAGCUGAUAUCUGGAAAGCUAUCAUUGCCAGUCGCUCAGAAAUCGACCCGGAUACCUGAAAUGAGAGUAUCAGAACCCAUCUUACGCAAGCAAGAGACAAAGUAUGAAGGAUCCCGCCGUCCUCGACCUGCUGCAAGUACUUCGAGUAUUCCGGCAUCACCUUCGUCUUCGUCAAGUAGUGACUCUGAAGACUCGGAUGGCCCAACUAACCUUGCAUCGCUCAUAAAUAAAGCGAAGGAACAGAAGGAAAGAGCAAAGGAAAAGGAAAAGCAGCUAACUCGUGAACGUCGGAAGGUUCAGCACAUCGAAGACCCCAGAGUAAAACAAGCCCGUUUAGAAGAGGAAAGACGACGGAAGGAAUAUGAAGCGGCGAGGCGCGCUGCUAUGCGACUGAAGCCGGAUAUCACUUCUCUCCAUCGUGUCAUUUUGUCUUGGAAUUACGACCAUGACGGGUCGGAUCCCCCAAUGGAACGGCCACCACUUGCUCAUGUACCGGACAUGUUCAAGAGUCACGAGGAAUACACACGCAUCUUCCGGCCAUUACUUAUGCUUGAAGCGUGGUCGCAGAUCGUUAAGUCCAAAGAAGAGAGGACACCAGAGAUUUUCCAUAUCAAGAUUGCUGCUAGGAGCUUAAUGCCGCCAUGGCUUGACCUCGAGGUGGUGAUCGAUGCCGUGCCUGGUCCCGAAUGGUACCUAAGUCCCGAGACAGACAUUGUUUUAUUGAGGCACAUGGCUGGUAAACCGUGCAUCAUGGCUAAGGUAACGUCAUUCCGGAAAACUAAUGACGAGAUCGGGUGUGGGUUGAGAGUCUGCACGAAUGCGCUUAAUGCAGAUCCCGGACUGUCCAUUGGCUCAACGUGGCGUCUAAAUCUCGUUCUCACCACUCUUCACCGAGAAUAUGCUGCUUUGAUGGCUCUUCCAUACUAUGAUAUGGUAGAUAUAAUCUUGCAACCUCGACUUGCAGAUCCGGUGAUCCCGAGUGGAGACGAAUUGCAACGGACGAUGAAGGCGUACCGAGUUAACGAGCCCCAAGCAAAAGCAAUUAUUUCGUCUAUGCAGACAAAGGGAUUUUCCUUGAUCCAAGGACCGCCUGGAACCGGAAAGACAUGGACAAUAUUGGGCUUAGUUGGCGCAUUUCUAUCAUCACGUCGUACACCGCCUAAGCUAAUCGCGAUUCCUGGUAAGGCUCCACCGCCUGCACCAAAACCUGCUUCUCAGAAGCUUCUUAUCUGUGCCCCGAGUAAUGCUGCUGUUGAUGAAAUCACGAAGCGUCUCAUCGAGGGAGUCCGUGGUCCCAAUGGCCAGCGUUUAUCACCUAAGGUAGUCAGGGUAGGUGCCGACUCGCAGAUUAACGUCAGCGCCAAGGAGGUUUCGCUCGAUACCCUGGUUGAAGCUAAAAUGAACUCGGAUGGUGGUAAUCCUCAUGGAGAUGGUGCUGGUGAUGCGAAAAAUCUACGUGCAGAACUCGAACAGGUGAAGGAAGCCAGGCAGAAGAAAAUUGAGGAACUACAGAGUACCAUCAAUAAUACGUCCAGGAUCCAAAUGCUAGAAAACGAAAUCAGGGGUCUGAAUGAUAAACGGAUUGGUCUCUCCCAGAAACUCAAUCAGCUUCGGGAUAAGAUGAAGUCGCAGAAUCGAUCUAUAGACGCCAUCCGACGAAAAUACCGACAUGAGAUUCUGGGCGCUGCAGACAUCAUAUGUAGCACGUUGUCUGGUGCCGGUCAUGAGCAGCUCGAGCCUUUCGACUUUUCCAUGGUCAUCAUUGAUGAAGCCGCUCAGUCAAUCGAGUUGAGCUCGUUAAUUCCUUUGAAAUACACUAGUACUAGAUGUGUCAUGGUUGGAGAUCCUCAACAGCUACCGCCUACUGUUCUGUCGCCAGAAGCAUCGAAAUGGGGCUACGACCAAUCACUUUUUGUUCGUCUGCAGAAAUGCAGGCCCGAAGCCGUGCAUUUGCUAAGCAUACAGUACCGUAUGCAUCCUGAGAUCAGCCUUCUACCAAGCAAGGUAUUCUAUGGUGGCCGCCUUCGAGAUGGUCCUGACAUGGAUAAGAAGACUGAGCAGCUGUGGCAUAACGAACCUCGAUUCGGAGCUUAUAAAUUCUUCAGCGUGGAGAACGGGAAGGAGGAACAAGCUCGCAUCGGCCAUUCCAUUUAUAAUCAAGCUGAAUGCAGGACGAUAAUUGCUGCGUAUGAUCGACUACGGAAGCAGUUCUCUUCAAUCAACUUCGAUUAUCGCGUCGGAAUUGUUUCUCCGUAUCGAUCUCAGGUGCUGGAGAUGCGGAAGUUAUUUACGCAAAGAUUCGGAGCUGAGAUUGUUAGCAAGGUGGACUUCAACACAGUCGAUGGGUUCCAAGGCCAGGAGAAGGAUAUCAUUAUGCUAUCCUGCGUACGUGCUGGUACUUCUCUUGCAACGGUCGGAUUCUUAGCUGACAUUCGUCGCAUGAACGUCGCGAUUACGCGUGCGAGGUCAUCCCUCUUCAUCUUUGGCCAUGCUCCAACUCUGCAACGGAGCAACAGGGUCUGGAAAGACAUCGUUGAUGAUGCACGUUCACGUGCAUGUUUCGUUGAGCUAGUACGUGCUUGA